UGACUAAAUGCCACGUCGGUUGGAGAGUGAGCCGCGUCCGCUGGUCUGUAUCUUACCGACUGCGCAGAGUUUUAGCGGAUUGUAUCGCUACAGGAGUCGUGCUGUGACACGGCAGCAGCAGCAGGAGGAAUGGGGAGCUUCAUCAGAGCACUGUUUCUGAUCGCUGUUGGGUUGGCGGUGUGUCAGCAGACGCUCGCUCACUCGCACCAUCAUCACGAACACUCUCACGGAGGUGGCGGCUGCCACGGACACUCACACGGAGGGGUCAAGAUGCAUCAUGGGGCCAGCAAAUGGAGCGCUGAAGCCAACCUGCCCCAUGCUGAAGAGGAGCAUCACGGGCAUGUGCACGAUCACGGGCAUGCACAUGAUCACGAUCAUGCUCACAACCACGCACACGAUCACGGACAUGCACACGAUCACGGACACGCACACGAUCAUGGACAUUCACACAAACACGGAGCAGAGCGAAUGAAAAGCGAUGUGGAAGCAGGGAAGCGGAACAUGGUGGAGCUCUGGAUGCAGGCAGUUGGAGCGACUCUGCUCAUCAGCGCUGCUCCCUUCCUCAUCCUCUUCCUCAUCCCGGUGCAGUCAAACACGGACCAGCACCAGAACCUGCUCAAAGUGCUCCUGAGCUUUGCGUCCGGAGGUUUGCUCGGAGACGCGUUCCUGCAUCUCAUCCCUCAUGCGCUGGGCAGAUGUAGUUCUGAAAUCUGCCCUGCUAACCAGUCGAACCUUCACCCCUCGAUUUCAUCUCAACACAGAGCCUCAUUCUCAUCACGGCCAGUCGCACGGAAGCGGCGAGUCACAUGGUCACUCACACGAGUCAGUCCGAGCUCGGUUUCUGUCGCAGGUGCAGGUCAUGGUCACAUGAUGUCGGUGGGGCUGUGGGUGCUGGCUGGUAUCGUUGCGUUUCUGGUGGUCGAGAAAUUUGUUCGUCUUUUGAAGGGAGGCCACUCUCACUCUCAUGCUGCUCCAAAAGCAAAAGACAGCGAUGAAGAGGAUGAGGACAAGAAACCAGAGAAAGAGAAGAACGCUGACUCUGAUAAGAAACCUGCGCAGAAACCCGCCGAGACGACUUCCGAUAUUAAAGUGUCCGGUUAUCUGAACCUGGCUGCUGAUUUCACCCACAAUUUCACGGACGGGCUUGCGAUCGGAGCAUCGUUCCUGGUCGGCCCGGCGGUCGGCGCCAUCACCACCAUCACCAUCCUCCUACACGAAGUGCCACACGAGAUCGGAGACUUCGCCAUUCUUGUCCAGUCGGGCUGCACCAAGAGGAAGGCCAUGUGUCUCCAGCUGCUGACGGCCCUCGGUGCGCUGGCUGGAACCGCCUGCUCUCUGCUGGCUGAAGGGGUGGGAGCCGCGGCCACCGCCUGGAUCCUGCCCUUCACCGCCGGAGGCUUCGUCUACAUCGCCACCGUCACCGUGCUGCCAGAGCUGCUGGUGGGCCGCUCCAGUCUCUGGCAGUCGCUGCUGGAGAUCCUGGCCCUGCUGUUCGGCGUGGGAAUGAUGGUGCUGAUCGCCGAGUACGAGUGAGCCGUGUCUGAGAGAAGAAGCUGUAAAACCAGGCCAAUAGACCAGUGCAGGGUCACCUGAUCUCUAGAGACCAAGAGUGUGUUGAGAUGAAUGAUAGCAUUGACCACAGAAACAAAAAAACUGAAUGAAUGAGGGAGAGAGUGAAAGAAAUGAAGUGCUGAGCUGCACUCCAGACCAACAUGAAUGGAUCACUUAAUCAUUUUAGGCACAGGAACCUUCCCAGGGACCAGCAGCUAGAAAGUCCCCUGCACUUCUGUGUACUGAUACAGACAGGAUCGACAAGAUCAGACUGAGAGAUUUGACCAUUACAUUCCCAAGAUGCAUCGUCUGUGUUUGCUGAAGCGUUCCGAUAAAUGCUCGUGCCUCAUCAGUACAGCUUUUCUAGAAAUUAUGUUACAUGAUUAAAUCGUUUGAUUUUGCUAUUCGCACAAUAAAGGUUAACGUGAUUCUUUCUUAAGCAGCGUGUGCUUUCUCUUUGACAGGGAGAUUCUUUGAUUCCUCUGAUGAAAUAUUCAGCUGCAUAGCUGUUACUCAGUGACACACUCAUACAUACACACACACA